AUGGACAUCCUGUUCUCCCCGUAUGGCGUCGGGGCUUUGCCCAAGUCGGCCAUGGCUGAAAUCGAGCGGAGAACGGAAGACUUACUUAAGUCUAGCAGCUUCCAGCGAAUGCUGGAGCUCGAAAAGAAAUACAAGACGGAGCAAUCGCAAGGUCCCAAACUCCUUCUCCCCUCGUCCCAAUCCCCAACCCAGCUCAAAGACGGCCCUCCGCCUCGGCCUGAACGUCCGGACAUUCUAUUCCCACAAGAGCAAUUCCUGAUGGUCAGGGCCACGCAACGCACCGUUAUUCCACCCUCACUAUCCCUUUCCAUACCCCAGGGAGCCGGUAACUUCCGGCAGAACCGCCGGGACGAAUGGGAGGCCGAGGAGGAGGACGAAUAUGAGGAGGUCGGCACUCCGACCAACAAUGAGCCGUUUCAGAAGCAAGUGAAGUUUCUCUCGCCGGAUGGCCACUACGAUGACGAGGAUGGCAAAUCGGAGCAAUCAUCGAUAUGCCAGUCUCCGAGCUGGGAGGGUUACGGCCAGAGAAAAAAAGACAAGAAGUUUGAAGCCGAGCGUCGAAAGAAAGAAAAAGAACAAGCCGAAAAAGAGGCCAAAGCCGCAAAGAAACGGGGCACGUCGAGGCUAAGCAAAGCACCACCACCGCCGCCGCCGCCGCCUGUGACAGCCAGUCGGGAUUCCAGGUCUUUGGCGAUGACUGCUACGGAUCGUUCGAUGUCAGACCCACUGCUCGUCAGCAGGCACCUGGUUCAAGGCAGCCAGCCCCCCCAUCAGCCGGAGGUAGUAGGGCGGACUGUCUCUGCUGACGAUCUCCAACAAACCCGGUGGCACCAACCUGCUCUGGCCGAGAUCGUUUCUGAUUCGGGCGCUGGCGGUUGGUACGGCGAAGGCACAAGCGACCCCUCUACGAUAUCCCAUCAUUUGUUCCGCGACAAUCGCUUCGCUCCACGGCAGGAAAUGCGCCGGUCCAUGUCAGAAGGGCCAGCACCCUCCACGCAGCAGCCCGCCCAAUCCCCUCCAUCCAAGCAUGAAAGCCGGUCUCCGCGUGAUGCAUUCCCGCCCUCGUCUUCGAGAACUCCCAAGAUCCGGCACAUGUCUCCUUCUGGCCCCCGAGGCAACUCUUCGGCACAAGGGAUUUCACGCACCAACCACUUACAAGAGUCCCCGUCCGCAGUUCCCACCGCUGAUGGAGCUCGCCGCAACGGAUAUGUACUCCAUCAAAGAGCGCAGGUCGCUGAGCGGGCAAUGGCCGGUCUUGCCGACGAGCAGCUAGUGGCCGACAUUGGCCAAUACUAUCCGCCCUCGAGCUCUAGUCCUGGGCAAACUCAGCACGCGAGGCGGUCCUCUCUAACACAAGAAGCCAGGUCUGCGGCAAUGAAACUUGUGGGCAUCAAGACGCCCUCCUCAGCCAGAGACGGCAAUGACCAAGUCGAUUACUUGACCUUCAAAGCGGUCCCGUACUCUUCCAACGUCAGUGCUUCGGGAUCGGUUGGAAGCAUCCCCGCAUCGCCUAGGAAUGUUGAUGGGCCUCCCCGGUCCCAUGACCACGAACGCCCAUCAACUUCUCAAAGCUCUGCUAGCUCGAGCGAUCCGUCCACUGCUGGUUCUGGCUCGAGCAGCCACGGCAAGAAAAGCCGGAGUUUGAGGGACGUCACAAAGUCCGCUCUGAGCAGGUCCAAAGAGGCUCAAACCCCGGUUGAGAAUUCCCAAUCCUCCGUUCCUUUGCUGCCACCAUACUACAGGCUGCGGGCUCUCAUGCAUUCUCGAGCAUCGGCCCACACAGAAAACAAAACAUCAUCGCAGGCCACCUCAGCGACCGCUUCCAGCCCCGCUGCCGUGGCCUCGGUUUCUCACCAAGCCAAAGCAACCGAGACGGGUACCCAAGGAGGCUCCCGGGUAUCCGAGGGUUCCUCAUCUUCAUCCGCCUACGAAGACGGAUCGGCGCUUCCAUCAUCAACGACAACCCCAGACACCUCACGGCCACAGUCGGCAAAAGAUAUCCCGCUAGUCGCGAAGGGACCUGGAAAGAGGGUUCCUGAGCCUCUCGGACCUCAGGACGAUGAACAACUACUCCGCCAGUCGCCAGAUUCUAGCAAGUCAAGUACGCCCCGUGUCCGCGACUCGGAAACGCGCGGCAGCGGUGAGAUGGGGAGCGACGACCGUUGGAGCAGAACGGCCUUGCCCAUCGAUAUCGAUGGUGAUGCACAGUCUUUUAUGACCACGGUUUCCAACUUCGACAAUGUGGAUGACACCGAAGAGAUGUCGCCGAAUAGCCCGCCACCCCCCGAGGCGGCUGUAGAACAACCGAAACCACUCAGGGUGGCAUCGAAAUCUGGGACCCCCACCAAGGAGGUUGAGCCCGUAAUAUCGAUCCCACCGCGAUCUCGAAAACGCAGCCAGAGCUCGCAAAACGGACCGCCAGUUUCCUCAUUCGCUCCAACAGAGCGGCGGCAGAAAGAGGAUGGGGCAACACAGGACAUGAUAAAAACUUCGGAGCAGCUUGAAAAUGGGAUCAAGUCCAGAGAAUCACCGAAGGUGGCGGCGUCAGGAAACCACCCCAGACCCUUGGAGCAUCCGGACCGGAGGGAGCCGCAAGAAAGUGGACCAGAGCGGUAUAGAAAGAAGUUUCAAGAAAAGCGGACGGAGCAACGAGAGUUGGAGAUAACGCCAGAGCGUGGAGCGCAGAGGGACGAAUACGGGGUCGAACCGGCUUCCGGCAGCCCACAGCACGGCUGGGCGCCCGGCUCGAUAUCCUUGACCAACUCUGCAGUCCCCUCCGCUGGGCCGACAUCCCCCCAAGUUCUAACUCCGGAUUUACAAAUGCCCAACGACCCCUGUUUUGCCAAUCUUCCAGAACAGCUCACGCAUCACGGUGUCUUGGGCGAUAUUCCAAGCUCAGCCGGGCCACCGUCCCCCGUCUCCCUACCAAGUCCACUUCAUCAGAUUCCGUCGAAACCCCCUUCACAGCCCCGAGCCAAUUCUGCCCCGAUUUCUUCGCUGUCAUCCCUGGCGGCGUCGGGGGCUUCCACGCCGUCGUCCCGUCCGUCCGGGGCGGCACCAGUUUCGAUCUUGAAACAACCCAAGAGUUCGGCAUCGGACCGGCCGCCAGCCCUCUCGGCAAUUCCCAAGCACAUGCAGCUACAAACGGGAAUCCAGGUGCGGCCACCGACGACCGGGAUGGCACCGAUUGCCAAGAUGUUUGUCGAGUGCUGCAACUGCAAGUUCUACCAUGACAUGCCGUCCAAGCUCUACGAGUGCAUGGCCAAGCCGGACGCGGUGGUUGAGGACAAGCUGCUGGGCAUCUCGGGGGCCAUCACGACCAUGGUCAAGUGCCCCUGGUGCCACCACAACAUGAGCAGGGGUUGCUGUGCUGGGUACGCGGCGGUUGUGUAUCUGAAGGAAAAGUUGCACUGA